GGUCCCGAGGCUCCGACAGGCAGUGGGUGUGAGGUAAAGACUUCCUGAAUGCCGCCCCCGCCACCGCCUGCCCUGUGACCCUGCCCAGAGCCGGUGGCCUUCAUUAGUCCCAGGCACUUAUCUUGCAACCACAGCCACUGACAGACCGAUCCCAGCCCUUCUCUCCGCCUGCCCUGAGCCCAGCAGUGUCAUGGGGAACUGUCUGCGCCCGGCGCCAGAUGAGAACCCUACCACACUGGUCUUUGAUGAGGAGAUGCUGGAGAUGAAUGUGUCCUACAGUUGGGACUAUAACCUCUCCGAUUUGGAAGCCGCUGCCCCCUGCCACUCAUGUACCCUGCUGGACCACUCCUCGCUGCCUUUCUUCAUCCUUGCCAGUGUCCUGGGCAUCCUGGCAGGUGGGGCUGUCCUCUACGCGCUUCUCAGACCUCUGUUCCACUGGCAGCUCUACUGGGACCGAGCUGUCCUGGUACAGGUGGCUGUGGGCAGUGUUCUCUUCAGCAUCAUGGUGCCCAUCCAGGCCCCGGGGCUGAGUGGGGCCUUCGUCACCUCCCUGUGCCACGUGGCCCACUUGGUCUCAUACGGCUCAGCCUUUGCCCAAGCUCUGCUGAUCGGAUACCACGCCUGCCUGGGCCCCAAACUGGAUGCCAGCCAGGUCCCAGGCCUCAGGCUGGGGCUCGCUGUAGGACUUUGGGGAGUGGCGGCCCUACUGUCACUGCCAGUCACGCUGGCCAGCGACACUUCCCAGGGACUCUGCACCCUGACGUUCAGCGGGGAAUGGGGGGUUUUGAGGCACAUAAAUGCUGCGGCCUGUUUUGUCCUCUUCAGCUUGUUGCCACUGGGUUUGUUGGGAGCCAAGGGACUGAAGAAGGUGCUAGGCAGGGGGCCGUGUCCCUGGGUUGACAUCCUGUGGGUCUGGUUCACUUUCUGGUGGCUGCAGGGGCUGAUUCUGGGAUUGGACUCCCUAGUGCGGUCCAAGGCCUUGGUGCUGUCAGCAUGUCUAGCCCAGCAGGCCCUGGAUGUGCUGCUGGACCUGGCGAAAGCCGUGACAAUAUUGCAUUGCGUGGCUACGCCCCUGCUCCUAGCCCGGCUCUGCUACCAGGCCACUCACUCUGCCUCACCCACCCUGCCUCUCUCGGCCAGACAGCCUUCUCAUCUGGAUGCCCUUGGAGGCAAAUCCAAGCUCUCUUCCCACCUGUCAAGCUGAAUUAAAGUCGAUGCUCUUUUUAUGAA